AUGUUUAAGGAUCCCAUGACAGGAACACCCGGUAAUGGUUACGUAGUUCAUGUUUGGCUAGGUUCACCACCUCAAAAACUAGGGGUCAUUGUCGACACUGGUAGUAGUAAUUUCGCUGUGGCUGCAGCUCCUAAUCCUGCGAUAAGACGAUUUUUCCAAUUCCAAAGAUCGUCGACUUUUGUAAAUUUACAUCGAACCUUCGCGGUACGUUAUGCUCGAGGUUAUUGGGAUGGAGAACUUGUAUCUGACAUCUUAAGACUAGGCGUUGGAAUUAAUGGAUCAGCACGUGUUCAGUUUGCAGCAAUUUAUAGAUCUGGCAGAUUUUUUGUACCCUACUCCAAUUGGCAAGGCAUACUUGGCAUGGCAUAUCCAUCUAUUGCUAUGCCCCCCUAUCACCCAGUCGAACCAGUCUUUAACCAACUUGUUCGUGAAACUGGUAUACGAGAUAUUUUUACUUUAACAUUAUGUGGACCAAUCGUACAGUCUCAAAAUUAUCAUUUACAUGACGUCGACUUGGGAGGAAUGAUGACUUUUGGUGGAAUUGAUCAUAGCUUAUUUACUGGACCAAUCUUUUACACUCCCAUCAUUAGGAAAUGGUACUAUCAAGUUGCAUUAACUGGUAUUGCCAUUGGUGGCAGAAGUUUAGGGUUUAGCUGUGACGAGUACAAUCAAUAUAAAACCAUCGUGGACAGUGGUACGACUAAUUUUCGAGUUCCAGAAUCAAUAUUUAACAGGAUUAUUGCUUUUGCUCGUUCAAUGACAUCAGUUCAGGUACCGAAUGGAUUUUGGGAAGGAAGGGAAGCUUUAUGCUGGGAAGCUAAUAAUGCACAAUGGAAUGGUUUUCCCUACUUGGAGAUUGCAUUGGAUUUAUCCGAUGUUAAUAAGACAAAUAAGCAAGAACACGGACAAUUUACACUUAUGAUUCCUCCUCAGCAAUAUUUACGAUUAGCUGAACAUGUUACCGUUCAUAAUAGUCCAUGCUAUGGUUUCGGAGUUGAACGAUCUCAAGGUUCCGGUAUCAUUCUUGGUGAUGUAAUUAUGGAAGGCUUUACUGUUAUGUUUGAUCGGGAAAAUACUCGUGUCGGUUUUGCAGCUUCUAAAUGUGCUAGUAAGUUAUUUUUAUAA